GGGGUAGUAGUGGUGGAGCCAUGUGGCGUCUUUACUUAACAAAACUAAUGCAAGUCCAAGUCCUACGCCAAUAACAACUAUACAAUGAUAUUUUUGAUCAAACGUCAUUUUCCAAUCUUUGAAUCUGAGAUGAUAACUUGUUCAGCUUAAUCUUUCCAGUCAAUUUCAUCUCCUUCCAAUUUUGAAGGGUUCAUCAGAGAAAGAGAGAGCCAUUCAGAGAUCCAUUGUACCAAGCUCACUUCGAUCUACAGAAUCACCGAGAGCUCUCUGUCUCUCUGUCGGUGAUAUUUGUUUGAUGGGUGAAGAAGAGACAAUCGUAAACGAUGAAAACAGCUCUAAGCCAAAACCAAGUCCAAAGCUGACACUGUUGCCUCUGGUAUUUCUCAUCUUCUAUGAAGUUUCUGGUGGACCUUUUGGUGUGGAGGAUUCUGUGAAAUCAGGUGGUGGUCCUCUCUUAGCCCUUUUAGGCUUCUUGAUUUUCCCUCUGAUUUGGAGUAUACCCGAAGCUCUGGUCACAGCAGAACUCGCUACAAGCUUCCCUGAGAAUGGUGGCUACGUGGUUUGGAUCUCUUCAGCUUUUGGUCCAUUUUGGGGAUUCCAAGAAGGGUUUUGGAAAUGGUUCAGUGGUGUUAUGGACAAUGCUUUAUACCCUGUAUUGUUUCUUGAUUACUUGAAACAUUCGUUCCCUGUUUUGGAUCAUGUAGCAGCUCGUGUUCCUGCUCUGUUGGUGAUUACAUUCUCACUGACGUAUUUGAACUAUAGAGGAUUGCAUAUUGUUGGUUUUUCAGCUGUUGUGCUUGCGGUUUUCUCGCUCUGUCCUUUCGUUGUUAUGGCUUUGCUUGCGGUUCCUAAUAUCAGGCCUAAGCGUUGGUUGUUUGUUGAUACUCAGAAGAUUAAUUGGAGAGGCUACUUCAAUACUAUGUUUUGGAAUCUGAACUAUUGGGACAAAGCUAGUACUCUUGCAGGAGAAGUUGAUAGACCCGGGAAGACGUUUCCAAAGGCUUUGUUUGGAGCGGUUUUGUUGGUCAUGGGGUCAUAUUUGAUUCCCCUCAUGGCAGGGACUGGAGCUUUAAGCUCAUCCACUUCUGGAGAAUGGAGUGAUGGGUAUUUUGCUGAGGUUGGAAUGCUUAUUGGAGGUGUCUGGCUCAAGGGAUGGAUACAAGCUGCUGCUGCAAUGUCUAAUCUUGGAUUGUUUGAAGCUGAAAUGAGUAGUGAUGCUUUUCAGCUUCUCGGUAUGAGUGAGAUUGGGAUGCUCCCUGCAUUUUUUGCUCAGAGGUCAAAGUAUGGGACACCAACAAUCAGUAUUCUGUGCUCAGCUACAGGAGUCAUAUUCUUGUCAUGGAUGAGCUUUCAAGAGAUCAUAGAGUUUCUGAAUUUCUUGUACGCAUUAGGAAUGCUUCUUGAGUUCGCAGCUUUUGUCAAACUAAGGAUCAAGAAACCGGAUCUUCACCGACCUUAUAGAGUUCCCUUAAACACCUUUGGAGUUUCAAUGCUGUGCCUGCCUCCUUCUUUGCUUGUCAUUCUUGUGAUGGUUUUGGCCGCCCCGAAGACAUUUCUGAUCAGCGGUGUGAUCAUAGUUCUUGGAUUCUGCUUGUACCCAUUCUUAACACUCGUUAAGGAGAAGCAGUGGGCGAGAUUUAUCCCGGAGGAAACAAGACCAGUUUCAGGAGUUUCAUCAGAGUCACAGUUGGAUGAAGAACAUGGAGAUGAGUCUGCUGCUAGCCUUCUCCCAUGAUCCCCACCAACAAAAGUGUGUGAUUAAUUUAUUGCACAAGUCUUUAAAAGCGCAUGGUAAGUCAUGUACAGUUGUAAUUAAGAAUGAAAUUUAUUUAUGUCUUGUUCAGCUUUGAAUUAUAGUACAGAAAACAGAACAAAAAGAGUGUAGAAGCAGGAGGGUUUGUACCUGAGUCAAGUGUCCAAACAUGUAUUGCUUAUGGUUAUAAUUUGUAAAAACGUGAGUAAAUUCAUUCAAUUUUUUGUUGAUUUCUGCCC